GCCCGGUCGAGGACACCGCGUCGGCGGAGCUCUCCCACCGACCCUCGGGCUCGGCGCCUCGGCCGCGGCCGCUCAGGUGCAGAAGAUGAAUAAUCUUUCAUUUAGUGAACUAUGUUGCCUCUUCUGCUGUCCACCUUGCCCAGGGAAAAUUGCUUCAAAAUUAGCAUUUUUGCCACCUGAUCCAACCUACACACUGAUGUGCGAUGAAAGUGGAAGCCGCUGGACUUUACACCUCUCUGAACGUGCAGACUGGCAGUACUCUUCUAGAGAAAAGGAUGCUAUUGAGUGUUUCAUGACUAGAACCAGUAAAGGCAACAGAAUUGCCUGUAUGUUUGUGCGUUGCUCACCCAAUGCCAAAUACACUUUACUCUUCUCACAUGGAAAUGCUGUUGAUCUUGGUCAGAUGAGCAGCUUUUACAUAGGACUGGGAUCACGAAUUAAUUGUAAUAUAUUCUCAUAUGAUUAUUCUGGAUAUGGUGCAAGUUCUGGGAAGCCAACAGAGAAGAACCUUUAUGCGGACAUUGAAGCUGCUUGGCUUGCUCUUAGGACAAGGUAUGGCAUUCGCCCUGAAAAUGUGAUUAUAUAUGGCCAAAGUAUAGGGACAGUACCAUCUGUGGAUCUUGCUGCUCGGUAUGAGAGUGCUGCUGUUAUUCUUCAUUCUCCUUUGACCUCAGGAAUGCGGGUUGCUUUUCCUGAUACCAAGAAGACCUACUGUUUUGAUGCAUUCCCAAACAUUGACAAAAUCUCUAAGAUAACCUCUCCAGUAUUAAUAAUUCAUGGGACUGAAGAUGAAGUCAUUGACUUUUCACAUGGCCUCGCAUUGUUUGAGCGUUGCCAAAGACCUGUGGAGCCUCUGUGGGUUGAAGGUGCAGGUCACAAUGAUGUGGAACUUUAUGGACAGUACCUUGAAAGGUUGAAACAGUUUGUGUCACAGGAACUGGUAAAUUUGUAAAAUACUCUGUAAAUUUGCAUACUGGUUUUCCUUUUCAUGCUGAACUGCACUCUUUGGUAAAUAAAGUAAAACCUGAAGGUUUUGUUUGCAAAUCAUGUCAGUUGCCUUUAUAAAUGUACAGGUAAUGAUUUGUUAACAGACUUAAUGAAGGUUUUAAUUACCAAACUAGAAACUGGAAAUAACAGUAUCAUGCAGUCAGGCUAUAAUUUAUAUUUUUUCUGUGAAUUUUUUUUUAAACAUCAGGAUGAGUACUGUAUGAAAUUUUAAUUAAUUCUAUAAAAUUAAAUGCUGUAAAAGUAUUGCCAAAUGCUUUUGCAUAUCAGAAACAAAUUUAUAAAUAUUUUUAAGACAUCUCAAUGUACUAAAUCUUAUCCUGGUAUACAAAUGUAAUAUUCUUUCAAAAAGAAAAAAGAAAAAACCUAUGUCAAAUAAUUCAAGUACAAGUACUCAGAAUAGAAUAAAGUAUAAAAAAAAAAAAAAAAGAACAUGCAAGUUAAAUAGAGUUGACCUAAACCCUGUUGUACAGGGAUAGAGGUAUAAAUGGUUAUUUUAUUGUAAAAUACAUUGAAUUUUCUGUAUUCUCUGGUUCCAAUCAUACAUUUAUCCUUUAAAAAAUUAUGUAAGUCUUAAUUUUUAUUCCAGCUGUUAAUUUACCAAUUAGUUACCUUGUAAAUGAGAAGUUAAAAUAGCACCAAAUUUUAACUAGUUUUGAUUUAUAAGUUUGGUACUAUGAAGCAACUACUUAAAAAUUGUCAUUUUCAUUUUCAAAGGCUUCAAGAAUGAUUUUGUAUGCAAUGUUGUUUUAAAUUUUAACUAACCUUGUAGAAUUGUAGUACUGUUCAUUAUGUGAAAACCUGGAAGCCCUUCAGUUGUUCUUCAAGACCACAAACAGACUGGUUUUGGUCCCUUUUCACUUUGGCUAUUUCUAAGACUAGGACCUACUGUUUUGAAUUACCAUGAUUCACUCCUAGAUGCAGGAGACAAGAAAACAUUUAAUUCAUAACUUUUAUAUUAACCAGUAUAGUAAAAAAUAAAGCUCACACACAAAAACUAAGUUGCCUUCCCUUGAAUGAAUUCUGCCUGACUAAACUAAUGAAAGAAAAAUAAAAAUAAAAUUAACGGUAUGUAGUCUAAUCUGUAAAUGAAUGAAUAUUGAAAUAAUACACACUGUGGAUAUAUUUUAAGGCCUUACGUAGUUUUAAUUGUUCUGCUUGUUCUGUGGUUAUGUCUAAGACUAUAGUAUAUGAUUUUCUUCAAAGUAUAUCAAGUAUUGUGAAUGCUUUGGUUCAGAUGUGUCAAAUUAACAGUAAAGCAACAAAUAUAACACUCAGCUCUGUUGUUUGCAUUCUUGAACACUCCCCACUCCCUCACCAGAAAGAAUGAAAAAAUUACCAGUG